AUGAUUCUCAGUAUUCCAGAGGAGUACCGCGACAAGCUAGAGGUUAUUGAACCAACGGAUCCCAGAUCAGAUGAACAAGUUCUCGCAAGCCUCUCAGAAUACAAAGCAGUCAUAUCAGAGAAGAAUGUAUGGGCUUAUUGGCAUUCCGGAUUGAGCAAUAUGCCUAAAUGGAACCAGAGGAAUGUCAUCGACUGGGUUCGUAUACUUGGCCCAGAAUGGACUGUCCGUGUUUUAGACAAUGUAUCUGGAUCAGUUAACCAUGUCCUUCGGUUUAUCCCGGAGAGUCUCAUGCCCCCGGCUUUUGUAAACCAGACUAUGGAGGGGCCGUUUGUGGGCCAGCAUGGAGCCGAUUUGACGCGCACAGCUUGUCUAUAUGAGCAUGGCGGAGUAUGGAUGGAUGUUGGGAGUUUUCUUGUUCGACAUGUUGAUCGUGUGUGUUGGAAUGAGCUGGAAGAUCCAAACUCGCCGUUUACGGUCGCCAUGUUUAUGCUCUGGGGGAUUGUUCCUGGCAACUUUUUUCUAGCAGCUCGAAAGAACGACCCUUUGAUUUACCAAUGGCAUCGCCUCUUUUCCCACCUUUGGAGCGAUAGAAAGGAUAUCAAAGGGAUUAUGUCUCACCCUCUCGUGGCGCCGAUUAUACCUGUAACCUUCGAAAACAUGACGGACAAGUUUGAUUUGGACUGGAUCGAUUAUGACGUUGCGCUGGAUUACGGUAUACAGAUCACAUGCCUUACUCGAAUUUUCUGCCUGGAAGAGAAUGCGGAAGGAUUCUCUGGGGUUGAGCGUUGGCGAAACAACGUUUUGGCUUUGGACGCUGGAGAAGAGAUUGCGCGUGCAGAGUGGCAACGCAGCUUUGUGGGGUUUGGUCAGCUUGCUCUUGACAUCGUGUCGCUCCCCUGCUCAGGACCAGACGCGGACUCAACAUCAGAGAAGUAUAAGGAAGCUGAGAAAAUGAUUUGGGACCUCCUCGCCAACUCAACUGUAUGGAAAGUCUCGCAUGCAAAGGGUUUGACACAUACGCCACAACUGGGAGUUCUACUGGAUAUGCCCGAAAACGAAGACAAAGAUGCGGCUCCAAACACGUUUGGUGAGCUAUUACGAUAUGGCACAAGGCAUUUCCGCCAGAAGAGAGAACAUGUGACAAGGUGGCAUAAGCGAGAGCCAAGUAUGACGUGGAAGAAGGAUAUUUUGGAGCCAUAG